UCUCAACUUAUACAAGUUCGACUCGAAUCUACACACGUUACCUCCGAGAGGACAGUCAUACCAAGAAAUAAUAGAUGUCGCACCAACCGGAACUCAUCUUUGUCUUGGAAUGAGCGUCUUUCGUUGCUUUUUUUCAUUCGUUCGUUUUUUCUUAUUCGGAGUUCAACGUAAAGGCCGGCACUGGGGUGAUAUUUUUAGUCCCUUAAACUCCCUCAACAAACACUGUAGGCUACUGCAGUGUUGGCAAGGAUGGCUUUUCAAUCGGCCCUCUUACCAAUAUUGGUCUUGGGACUGUUGACUAGUUUGGUGCGUUGUGCCCCCUUCCCUGGCAGGCUGAAUGGCACAGUGGAACGACACUGGGAGACACUCUACUCGCGGUCCUUGGCUCGGAUCCCUGGGGAGAAGAGAGAGAUAAACCGGGACAGCGACUAUCUUAUGGGCAUUAAACGGCUACGACGCCUUUAUUGCAAUGUAGGAAUUGGGUUUCAUAUUCAAGUUUCACCCGAUGGGAGAAUAACAGGAGUGCACAGUGAAAACCGUUACAGUCUCCUUGAGAUAUCUCCAGUAGAGAGAGGAGUUGUGACAAUCUUUGGCGUCCAACGCGGUCUAUUCGUGGCCAUGAACAGCAAAGGGAAGCUGUACGGAUCUGUUCAUUACAACAACGAGUGCAAAUUCAAAGAAACUCUCCUGGCAAAUAAUUACAACGCUUACGAAUCAGUGGCAUACCCAACGAUGUACAUUGGACUAAGCAAGACCGGUAAAACAAAAAGAGGAAACCGAGUGUCACCAGCCAUGACGGUGACGCAUUUCUUGCCAAGAAUCUGAGUCACUCAGAAAUAGACUUAACCUCAAUAAAGGUGGGGUGAGGGGGACUCAAAACGAUGCACUUUCAACUGGAGUUUUAUGCAAGACUAAGUGUAUCAUCCUGUUUAAAAUGUUAUGUAUAAGUUUGUAUAUCAGUUUAUUUAUUAUGUAAAACAAUUUUGUAUUUGGGGGGGAAACAGGUCCCCACUUCAGGGGUAAUUUCAGAAAUCAACACAUUUAUUUAUGUUUUUUAAUUUAUCAGAAGUCUGCUGCUAUUAAGUGUUCGGGUAAGUGAGAUUCCUUUGUUGAAUUAUGGUUUUCUUUGCACUGUUUAUAGACAAAAUAUUCUACAGCGACAGAGCAAAGGAUACUUGUGUGACUUAUUUUUCUUCUAUGGAAUUAACUUUUAAGUCUUAGACCGACGUUCAAACAAGU